UUGCACCACACCCACGGGUCAGCCGAUGGGCUCUGAGGUUUCUCGCCGCCCCCCUCUGCCUCCUUCAGUCAUUCCCGAUCAGCACCAGGGGUCGAAGAGUGACUUUGGUGGGGAGGUGGACAUCGAAGAGGCCAUCGAUAAGUCUGGUUGCUCGUCCAUCUACUACCGUUUGGAGGACUGCCUCGGAGAGCACGAUCGAGACUGGCGACGGUGCCAAGAGCAGGUUAAAGCUCUCAAGGCGUGCAACGACAAGAAGAACAGGGCACGGGCUGCCGCAGAAAGAACCUGAGUAGGACUCCAGCCAGCAAGCCGGCCUGCCCCCUGCCUUAGGCCACCACACCCUGCCUGUGCCGGGGAAGUGUGCUCGCUGCACACCCGCCCUUUUUCGUGUUCCCUAGAUGGGUGCGGCAAGGAGCACGCCGACGCUGCUGCACCGGUGCCUCUCGCUCCUCCUGCUCCUUCUGCUGCAGAUGCAGAUGGGCAUGGUGUGUUGCUUUGUGGUUCCUCCGCAUCCAAGCGGUGGAAUACCAAGCAUUGAAACGAGCAACAGCAUCCGGCCGCUUCCCACCACCGCCACCUCAUACACAACCGUAGUCGCAGCGUCCCGAGCCGGGGCUGAGGCGACGAGCUGCACCACCGCGAUCGUAGCAGGAACAGCAGCAGACGAUUCGAUCAAGUCUCAGACGCGGACAACACCUUGCGCCGGAGCAGCUGGAGCGAGUCCUGAUCCUUUCGCGACGCGAUCAGAGUUCCAGGAGUUUGUGGGGCGGCGCAAGUCAGGCUCCCGCAGGGUGGUGCUCGACCUUCGGCCUAGGGCGGACUUUCGUCGGGAGCACCUCGAGGGAUCAACGUCCAUCCCCGUCGACGAGCUGGAGCCCAGGCUCUUGGAGUUGCCCCCUCCUUUCGCACAGCCCGUCAACAUUGUCGGCAGCCAACAGGAGCUUCGUACGGCGAGGGACUUCCUGACGAACAAAGGCUGGCAGAUCGAGGAAGAAGUAGACCUGUCAGUAGCGGCUUGUACAAAAGACCCGGCACAUCCGACUGAAGCCUGGCCCACCGAAACUGGGUCGACUUCCCUCCAGGUAUGGAGGGCAAACGAUUUCUUGGAGUUUUGUAUGGACCGCUUCGUGCUGCCUUCGGGCCAUGACGCCAGCCCUUUCCCCGGCAAAGGCCUAGUCCUAGACUUGGGCUGUGGCAGCGGCCGCGACACCGUCUACAUGGCGCAGCGCUUGCCUCCUGGCACCCGCGUAGUCGGGGUCGACAACCACUCGUACGCUCUGGAAAGGGGCGCGAGACUGGCCGAACGGUGGCUGGAAGACACGUCUUCGGGGGAAGUUGCUGGUGGCAGUGGUGGAGGUGGCGGCAGCGAACAAGGCGCGACGCGAUCGCAACAAGAAACCCAGACAGGCUGUUUGGGAGGGGUUACCAGUGGGGCUGUCGGACGGAGCGAUACUGACGGCAGCGAAGGGGCAACGAAGGGAAACCCCCCGGAAGUGCGACAAAGGGCGUGCGAAUGGUCGCUCGCCGACCUCAGGAAAGAGGGUUCGCUUGACGGAAUGCGGGCUUCCAUUGUCCACGGGCACCGGUUCAAGUGCGAGCGUCUGUUGCCUCUACUUCGAGAUCAUGUGCUGCUCCCAGGGGGCUAUUUCAUCUGGUCUACGUUUUUGGACACGGGAUCGGAGAAUCUAGUGCCGCCAUGGCGACCGAGUCGCAUGAUGAGACCCGGCGAGCUGGCGGACAUCUUCUCUGGCGAUGGUUUCGAGAUCCUGGUGGACGAACAAGGGGAACUACCCACGCGGGGCUCCACGGUGCCAGCGAAUUUCUUUGCUUGUCGAAAGCGACUGGCGACACCGACGAAGGAAUACUGA